CGGCUCGGCUCGGCACGGCUCAGCACGGCCCGGGCUCUCCCUGCCUCGCCAUUGUGUGCCCGCCCGGCGGCUCGCCGCGGGGCCGCGAUGCUCCAGGGCUCCGCGCCCCCUCCCAGGCGGCAGCGGGCUGCAGCGCCGGCGGGGAGCGGCCGCGCCGCCUGCUGAGGGCUGAAACUUCGCCUCGCUCCCGCCCGGCUCGGAUCGGCCCUGCCUGGCCCGGCUCGGCUCCCUCCAUGCGCUGAGCGAGCCCCAUGGACGCCUUCAGCGCCGCCAAGGCCAAAAUGGGGGCGAAGAGCGGCGGCGAGGCGGCGGCAGCGGCGGCGGUGGGGCUGGCCGUGCCUCAGCCCGCCGCCCCGGCCCCCGGCCCCGCCGGCCCCGGCUCGCCCUGCGAGCCCGCCGCCUACAAGCUGGAGGACCUGGAGACCCUGGCCACCGUGGGCACAGGUACAUUUGGGCGUGUUCAUCUUGUGAAGGAAAAAAUGGCCAAACGUUACUUUGCACUGAAAGUAAUGAGCAUUCCAGAUGUCAUUCGACUGAAGCAAGAACAACAUGUGCACAAUGAAAAGUCAGUCUUGAAAGAGGUCAAUCACCCAUUUUUGAUCAGAUUAUUCUGGACCUACCACGAUGAGCGUUUCUUAUACAUGUUAAUGGAAUAUGUGCCAGGGGGAGAACUUUUUAGUUACCUGCGCAACAUGGGGCGUUUCAACAACAGCACAGGACUGUUUUACUCUACAGAAAUUAUUUGUGCAAUAGAAUACCUGCACUCCAAAGAAAUAGUUUACAGAGACUUAAAACCUGAAAAUAUAUUACUAGACAAAGAAGGACAUAUCAAGCUUACUGAUUUUGGAUUUGCUAAAAAACUGGUGGAUAGGACAUGGACACUUUGUGGCACUCCUGAGUACCUUGCACCAGAAGUCAUCCAAAGCAAAGGUCACGGAAGAGCUGUGGAUUGGUGGGCCCUGGGAAUUCUUAUAUUUGAGAUGUUGUCAGGGUUUCCUCCAUUUUUUGAUGACAAUCCAUUUGGUAUAUAUCAGAAGAUUCUUGCUGGCAAAAUAGAUUUCCCGAGGCAUUUGGAUUUAUAUGUAAAAGACCUUAUUAAGAAGCUGCUUGUGGUUGAUAGGACAAGACGGUUAGGAAAUAUGAAGAAUGGAGCAGAUGAUGUGAAGAGACAUCGAUGGUUCAGGUCUAUAGACUGGGAUGCUGUACCUCAAAGGAGACUAAAGCCUCCUAUAGUGCCGAAAGUAUCUAAUGAUGGAGAUACUUCCAAUUUUGAAGCUUAUCCUGAAGAUGACUGGAAUAAAAUGCCUCCAGUACCCCCUAAAGAUCUAGAAAUUUUCAAGAACUUCUGAAUGCUACAUAUGCACUGGACGAGAAACUAGAAGGAAACUGAAGCGAAGAGUAAGUCUGAAGAAAAACGGAUUUCAUAUUUCAAUGAAGACCACCUUUGUGAAUGAGAACGAUACUGCAUUCAGAUGUGAAUAUGAGAAUAUCUUAAAUAUCUAAGGAAUUGGAGGCAGGCAAGAAUAAUUUUUAACUGUAAACAUUCGGCAUUAGUUUAGUAAAUUGUAAUAUUGAUAGUCUACUCUGAAGUAGACUGACUAAAAUGGUAUAUUAGGAAUUUUUUUUUUAAGUUAUGGUUUAGUUAAGUUUCCUGCUAUUCCCAGAUCCUUUUUGCAUAGUUAAUUCAUAGACUUAAUUUUAUAAGUUUAUACUAAACUUAUGUAAUUAAAAGCACAAAUUAGUGUAUAUGUAUAUAAUGAAUACAAUACAACGAAAGCACAGGAACUGUGCAAAGAUGUAAAUUUUUGUAUUUUUCAGAGUCUACAAUUUUUAUUUUUCAAAUAAUGUUUUUCAAGAAGUUCUCUAGGGAUAAAAAUCUUAAAAGGAAAAAUGAGUUUUUCAUCAUCUUAUAUACAUUUUAUAAUUCUUUGUAAAAAAUAAAAUAAAAAUAAUUAAGUUUUAAAUAAGAUUUGUACCUAAAAAUUCCAAUGCCUCACACUUGCAACCAUAGUACUUGAAAGCAGAAAGACAAGGGCAUGUUUUAUCGUUGAUUAAGAUACAUCUUAAUGGCUAAUCAAUGAAGUUCUGUUACAGUGAUGUCUCUAUAAACCAGGAUAUUGAGUGAAGUAGACUGUCUGAAAAGUAAUUCCUCACAUGACAACUAUCUGUAAACAUGCAAUUCAGUGCAUAUUCAUAAAAGGGCUCUCACCGGCUUUUAAAGGGGUUGUGUUCUCUCAAGCUUGUUGUCGUCUUCACAUGUAAAGCAUGAGCCAUAACAGACCUUUUCCGUUAUUGACAUUCUUGUUGAAUGCUUGGCACUUCUGAAUAUAAGAGGGAACACUAAAUAUAUAUUAGAGCCCGAAUUUUCUGCUUCUGCUUUUGGAAAUGUCCUAAAGUCUCCACUGCCAGGAAUUCCACAUGUACAUAGUUCAAGCCUUAGACAUAAGGAAUUUUUUUUUAUACUUACUAACAGCUUUCUAGCAGAUUAAAUACACUGUAUUUAGGAAGUAUUUGCAAUACUGCUUCAUUUUAAGUAGCACCAAGUAACAGUAUAUGCAUCUGUAUGUAUCUAUGUAUAUGAAUACACGUAAACAUGAAGGUAAAUUGUAUACAAUUCAAGAUUUUUUCAUAUUUCAUAUCAUGGUUCUUGUUUUAAUGCAGGGAAAUUGAUUUUGGAAGUGCUUUGAUUUCAAAAAGUAAAUGCAUUAGAUGUUGUAUUUUUAUCUGACCUUUAGGAAAGCUACAAUACUUAGAUCCUUCUUUUUUUUCCCCAGAACUCAUCAGCUCACUGGAGUUUUACAAUUGUGACUAAGAGCUCUACAUAAAACUACUUAAUUAGAUGACACAGACAGUUUCUCCUAUAAACAGUUUUCUAUAUUUAUCCAAAAUGCCAUAAGAAAUGCAGGCCAAAGAUUAAUUUUUCUGAGCUAAAUUCUGAAUGCUUAUAAAGAAGGCAUUUUACUAAUAGCUGAUAAAAUUUAACGUGUUUAUAACUUUACGACAGAUAUACAGCCGGGGUCUCAUGAUGGAAAAGUUACCUCCAAUUUCUUUUGUUUAAGAAAGUCUUUCUUUAAACAGUGCAGAGGUGUAGUAAAAUAGUAGAUGUACUUUGAGAGCUUACAACUUCUAGCUUAUUAGAUCUAUUUCUUUAUCAAAUUUAACCUUUAAAGAGACUGUAUAACUGGCAAAAAUGUACAAUAUGUAACAAAAUUGUGCUACUUCAGAGCAGUAGCUCUGGAACAUUACAGAGUCAUCUUGAUGUUAUGAAGUGUCACAAGUUGAUGGCCCCACCUGGCGAUCAGUGAAAGCUGUGUAGUUAUAUAUAAUAAAAUACAGGAAAAUCCAUAGAAAAUUAUACUUUUAACAUGGUAAAAUUACCUUGUUCUCCCGAGAAAUGAAUCUGGUCUACUUUAUUUGUAUCUGUGGAGUUAGUUAUUCCAAACCAGUUGGAGGAACUGAAGUAUGUAAAAACAGCUUACAUUGUCUAAGAGAAGAAAGCACAGUUUUGUGGGUUUUUUUGUUUGUUUGUUUUGAAGUGUAAGCUUUCAGUAUUUUGAGUACUACAAAAGCAGCUUUUUAUUUAAAAACAUAUGUACUGCAACAACCAAGUGUCCUAAAUAUGAGGGGUUUUUUUGUUUUGUUUUUUUUUUUUUUUCAAAUUUAAAAACUGCACUGAGUUUAGGUCUUCAAAGCUGAGGAAAUGAAGUUGCAUUUGAUUAAUGUGCUACAUUGGUGGUCAGAAGUUUUGAGUGUUUGAACAACAGGAAAUAGUAGAUUUUCUUUCUACAACUCUUAUCCAUUGCUGGCAGUGGAUGCACUCACUAUGAUAGAGACUAAAGAAUCAAGUAAAAUCUUCUUAAUAAUGCUAAUCUGUUGACUUCACAUUAUUUUCAGAGCCAUGUGUACAUAUGCCUAACUACUGACCUCGUCAACAUGCUUUCUAGUACAAAACUCCUUUCAAUUUUUUUUAAUUAAAAUAAUAAGAAACCUUGUUUUUGAAAUGUUAUCUUAAAUGAUCAGUUUUCUCUACAAUCUUGAAAUUAUUGAGCUGUUAUUACCUUCCCAUUUUAUUUAUUUGCACAAGUGAGUUGGUUUUAUUCUUAAGUCUUUGCUGGGACUUCAUGGACCACUAACAUAGUUCUGUCUGAGUGCUCAAGUAGAAGUUCCCAAAUACACACUGCACUAAGGACUCUAGUGUUAAUUUUUUUUUUUAAGCAAGCUAGAACACUUUUUAUUUUCCAUUGAAGUUUCUGUUCUCUGAAAUUCAUUUUAUUAUGAUUGCUUCUGUUAACGUGUGUUUUUGCAUAUAGACUUUUGCAUAAGGACUUUUUUUUUUUUUUUUGCAAGAGCCCAUAGGCCUUUCAUAUUCUGCUUUGGUGAAUGAGAAUGUUAAACAUUUAAAAAGCAAUCUUUAUUUUUGAUUUUUUUAUAUAAAUAUAUUUUUAAUUGCCCAAUUCGAGGUUUUAAGUGAUAAAUGCGCAUUGUAAACUUAAUUGCCUUGUAACCAAAUGAUGAAAAUGCUUCAUGAUUUAAAUGGAGAACAUGCUGUAGAUUUUCCUGUAUAUUAGCUUGAUCAAUGAAUAUGUGUGCUACUGAGCUUUAACUAAUGUGAUCUUCCACUGUAGAAAAGUCAUUGUUAAUUGAUCAAAAUAUAGGUACUGAACUAUGUUUAAAUGGAUCAACAGGGAUUUUGCAGGUUUGAUAGCAAUUAAGAUAUGGCUGUUCCUCAGCCCAUCUGCUUACCAUUCAGAAGAGGUGUGAUGCAGUGCUUCCUAUGCUAUAGAGUUAUUUUUCAGCUUUCAAUGACUGUAGCAUGAUUUCUUUUUGUACUGUACUGUGUACAGACUUCCCAUGUUUUGCACUUUUCUAUGGCAAACCUGACUGCUUUAUAAAUACUCUGUUGUGGUAGAAAGUAGUGGUAAUGAUAGCAGGCAUUUGUGUACUACAUAACCAGUUUGAAACGCUAGACUUGCGAGGUUAACUUGGACUAAUGUUGUAUGUUGCUGGUUGCUUGUUGUAGCUCACAUGUAUAAGUACUGUUCAAAGUUAUAAAGUCAGCCCUCAUUGCACAAUGAAAAUCACUGUGAUCUGUACAUAAACCCUAGUAAAAUUUUAUUGCUGUUUAAUUUAUGUAAUAUCUGUCAAAUCUGGAUUCAUUUAAUAAACCUUUAUAACUUUUUAAAUGUUUAAA